AUGAUGUAUUCAGGAAUUUCCAUCCACAGCAAUGGCCAGCUUCCAGGCUACUGGGGUCUUGGAAACACUAUCCAUGGUUGUUCCCCUUGUGACUGUGACAUUGGAGGGGCCUAUGAUAAUUUUUGUUCCUUCCAUGACGGACAGUGUCGGUGUCUACCCAACAUUAUCAGGCGCCAGUGUAAUGAACCAGCUCCAGGUUACUUCUUUGCUCCUUUGGAUUACUAUUUAUAUGAAGCUGAAUUUGCAAAACAGCUGGGGAAUAGCGGUUCUUUGGUAAGACCAACAUCUCUUCCACCAUGUGAUGAGUAUUUACGAAGACAAGGCUAUAAUUUUCGAGUGGAGCAUGGUAGAUUGAUACUUCACAGGAUUACUAAACGUCAUAUGCGACAUCAGAGGAAGAGGCAAGUCAUGAAUCCAGAAUCCCAGGUACAGAUUGUUUCCAGAGAACCUGCUCCUGGUAGACCUACAACUUGGACGGGUCUGGGGUUUGCUCGUGUUCCACGUGGAACAGGACUGCGAUUCACUGUUGACAACAUUCCAUACCCAAUGGAUUUCACAGCAGCUAUUCGCUAUGAGUUAGAGUCAACAGAUGAUUGGAUGGCCAGUGUCCACGUUCGGCCAACAAAGCAGCCAAGUGAUGGCCAGUGCCGCAGUAACCUGCCCUCACAGGAACCUUACACAGUUACCUUGCCAGCUACCAGCAGAAUUUCAGCCUGUUACUGUGACCGUCAAGGGGCCAUUGAUUCAAUUUGUGAUCAGCGAACUGGACAGUGUCGCUGCCACAGAAAUACCAUUGGCCGUGCCUGUGACCGCUGCCGGCCUGGAUAUUAUGGAUUCCCAAUCUGUCGUCCAUGUCAGUGUAAUAGUCAUUCGGAAUCCUGUGAUCCUCAAACAGGAGCCUGUCAGAACUGUAGAGCUUUCACCACUGGAAAUAACUGUGAGCGAUGCAGUGAAGGUUACUUCGGAAAUCCAAGUUUAAAUGAACCUUGUCGACCAUGUCAGUGUCCUGACAUUCCAAACAGUGGCCGCUAUUUUGCCCAUUCAUGUUACGAAGACCUUAGAACUCGACAAUUAGUUUGUAACUGCCUUGAAGGCCAUUCAGGAAUUCACUGUGAGAGAUGUUCUCCUGGAUUCUAUGGUACUCUGAUAGGAAUUGGAGAUCGCUGUUUGCCUUGCAGCUGCAAUGAUAACAUUGACAGGAGAGGUCCAGAGUCAUGUGAUCAGCAGACGGGCGAGUGUUUGAAAUGCCUGCAUAACACCUAUGGACCAAACUGCCAGUACUGCAAACCAGGAUAUCAUGGAUCUGCUCUGAACAAGGAUUGCAGACAAUGUACUUGCAAUGGCAUCGGACUCGACAGGGGGCACUGUGUUCCCAAUGGUUUAUGUAUGUGUGAUCAAGCAACUGGUCAGUGUCCAUGCUUACCAAAUGUGGUUGGUACCAGCUGUGAGAGAUGUGCUCCGGAUUUCUGGAAUCUGCACAGUGGAAGAGGAUGUGAGCCUUGUUAUUGUGACCCUCGGAACUCCAUCAGCUCCCAAUGUGACGAGCUCACUGGACAAUGUCAAUGCAAAGAUGGCUAUGGUGGAAAAGCAUGUUCUGAAUGUCAGGAUAAUUAUUAUGGCAAUCCAAGGAUACAGUGUAUCUCCUGUAACUGCAGUUUGGAAGGAACAGAAAGGCCUGCAUGUGACAAGACAACAGGUGACUGUAACUGUCGUGAAGGUGUAACAGGGCAACGUUGCAACAAGUGUGCAUGGGGUCACUGUAAGGAGUUUCCAAAAUGCACAGAGUGUCAUCCUUGCUUUAAGCUGAUAGAUGAAGAGAUAUGUUCCAUCAUCCCAGCCACUGAAAGUCUGCUCAAGAAGACCAACUUUGUGCCUGGGCAAACUUUGGGGCCUUCCUAUGAUGAAAGGCUUAAAAAGCUAGAAAGGAAAAUUGCUGUGGUUGCCAACAAUUUAAAUGACUCAGUUGCUUCUGCUGACGUAUUUGAAAGAACAAAGGAUUAUUUUGAACAGAUCAGAGAAACCAAAAUGCAGAUCAAUCCACGCUUGAAUAUUUCAAAUAACACUGAGCAGCAUAAUCAAGAUAUUGAUGAUUUGAAUGAAGAAAUUGACAAGCUCAAUCAGAAAGUGAAUAGAAUCAUAAAAAACUCCACAACAGAAGCUAACGUAAAUGGUAACUUUGAAGACAUUAACACAUGCUAUCAGAAUUCCAAAAUCUCACAACAGAAAGUGAAUGAUUCAGAAGCAGUGCUGAACAAUUCAAAUAUGACAAGAGAAAAAGCAGCUGCCUUGUUAAACAAAAGAACGUUGAUCAACAGCGAUGAAAUUCAUGCAUUAAACAACAAGACUAAACUACUGGAUUUGAUUGUCCUAAAUAAUAAGAUUUGUGGAGGGCAAAGGAAUAUAUCCUGUGAUGAAGAUCGAUGUGGUGGAGCUCUAUGCCAUGGCAGGCUUGAAAACCAAAGAUGCAAUGCCUCAGACUGUACUGGAGCUCUGUACGAGGCAAAUUCUGCAAACACCCGAGCUAAUGAAACAAGAGACCAGAUGAAAGAUCUCUUAGAAAAAUUGCAGAAUGCAAUAAGCACGAUUGACUCCCUCAGAAACAUGACACAGGAAACUAAGGAUAAGGCAAACAAAUUAUCCAAUAAGGUAGCCAAGUCUAAAGAUGAACUCGAAAAGGAAAAGCAAGAAACCAAAGCCAUCAUCAAUAAAGUGAAAGAAUUUCUCUCAGCUGACGGUGUUUCUCCCGAAGAUCUUGAAAAAAUUGCAAACCAUGUUCUUUCCAUCAAGUUACCCAUCAGUCGGGAGGAACUAGUGAACAAAAGCAAACAAAUUCAGGACAUUCUUUCUGAAAUUAAAGACCUCGAUAAAGAAAUGGAAAGAUUGAACCAGUGGUCUAAAGAAGCAAAGACACUUUUGAUACGUGCAAUGAAAACAGAGAAACUGACUCAAGAGAUCCCAAGUCCAGAGGAACUGCAGGAGGAUAUGGACAAAAUUGAAGAAGUGCAAAAAGAAGUCGCAGAUGCAAUAAUGAGAAUCCAUGUUAACCUAAAUAAUUCCGGGACUGCAAUUUCACAGAUUAAUAAGAAAAUUGAGUCAAUUUCUGAGAGCCUCAUGCAAUUAAUGAACAAUCUAAAAAAGCUACAAAAUGAAAUUGAAGAAGUGAGAAACAAGAUCGAUAACAACAAGAAAAUGGUUCAAAAGGCUAAGGAGAAAGCGUCCAAAGCAAAAGCUCAUGCAGAGGAAGCUGAACAAGAAUUUCAAAAAAUGAACGAGACUUACAUAAAAUUAAGCAAAAUCAAUGUCCAAGACAUUCCACCUGAUGGAAAACAAAAAGCAGAACAAUUACAACAAGACGCUGCUGAUCUAGCAAAAGACCUGGAAGAAAAACUACAAAGAAUUACAGACCUGGAGAAGAAGUUACAAGAGGGAUAUAAGAAAAUAAAAGAGAAAGAAGAUUACUUGUCUGACCUUGAACAAAAUGUGACCAGCAUUAAAAAGUUUAUUGAUGGGAAAGUCUCUCACUACAUUGAAUGUUCACCAUAGUAAAUUUCAGUCUUAUCCCUUAAUAUUAUCACUUAUCCUUGUAAUUUUUAAAAUUAGAAGAUUUUAAAUUUUACAUAAUAUAAAGUAUAUAGUUCUUUUUCAAAAUCCUAACAUUGAUGUGGAAACGUGAUACCUUGUAAAUUUUUGCAAUGUUUUGCUGUUCACAGUCCAAUCACCUGAGUGACAUACUACUAAUUUUAAUAUAAACUGAACUUAUGUAUGUUGUCUCUCCUCGACUAUUCAUUCAUAACAUUGAUUGUUUGGAGGUUGUAAAGUUACAGAUUGUAAUAAAAACACUGAUUU